CUCAACUUCAAAAACCAGGACCAAAUUUGAAACACCACUACAGUUAUUCCACCCUCUGUUCUCUCUGCUUUUUUCUUGUCUUUGCGGUAGAUGGCUAGUCCUAUCGCCUGCAAGACUAGCUAAAGCCCCUGAUACUCUCGGGAGUUACUAUGACCACGAUCUUCCAGUUUUACAGUAGGCAGUCACAUCUUGCUGUGUUAGUUGUUUUAGAGGAAACCUCGAAGAAGGAGAAGAGCUCCACCAGCUUGACAGAUUGCUUCCGCUCCAGAACAGACGUGAAAAACCAGGCUGUGCAGGUGAUAAUAGUGACCGGAAAUCCUGUGGAUUUUAUGCUGACAUUCCAACUUCCGGGUCUCUACCACUACAUAAGCCAUGGAUCCUGUUUGCAUCACAUCACUCACUCGGCAACUUGUAUCUCUGUGUGAGUUCACGAAUCAGUGGGCUCCAAGGUAUGCUGAACCCACCCCCAGGAUCUUUGUUAGGGGCAUCUGACAAGGUGGUCGUCGGAUAUUAAAACCAUGUGCAUUUCUCAUUUCAUUCAUCUAGCGCUGUUUUCAGACCAGGGACACCAUCAGACCUCAAUGGGUUGCGACAGUGACGAUGGUUCCACCCUCACAGUGCUGUAGGGACUCAAGCCUCGUGUUGUAACCCGCAUUCUCCAGAAGGUUGCAGAGGAAUGAUCAGAAUCUGCACGAAUCUAGAUUAAUGGUGUACAAAAGCUGUUGGUAUCAAGCUCUUGACAUAGUUGUCUCAGAGGUUCCCGGAGCCCAAACUGGAUACGCUGACAAGGAGCGAACGAUCAUCCUUCCAACCAGAAGAUCCCACAUCCAUCAUGAGUGGUCCUUGCCGCCCAUUCUACGCUACCUUCGUGCUUCCGAGUUCCCUGCCAGUUAAAGGGUUUCAGAAGUUGCAUAGCACUAUCAGUACUCUCAACAUGUUGCAGCUCUGUAAUCGUUCACGAGACAAUUCUAGUUCGAGAAUUUCAGUGUAGCAUGUCUGCGUAAUUUCUGGUGUAGGGUCAAGCCCGCUCCAGUUUCCAUCACGUUACCGUUGAACAACUCAGCCGACCUCAUGGUGUGCAUGAUGCUUUAAGAAAGCUUGAUUUUGCAAUGACAUUAAAUCAAGUAGACACAUGAGAUCACUGGUAACCCCUACUGUGCACAGACCGAGCCAAUUCAUGUCCUUGGUAUUGAACUAGCAAUUCGAUUAGGUUCCAUGUUGUGGGUCGUAACGAGAUUUGCAGUUCGAGAAUUUGAUUGAAUUCGAGAGGCUAAAAGACCAGGACAACAAAUCCAGGUUGUUGGAGAAGGUAUUCCAUCGCGAUGUAUUUUGAGAAGACCACGGUUGCGAGAAUGCUAACCGCAGGGUUCGAAUCUGAAAAUGGACUUACCGGCCGAAGAGUAGAGUUUUAUGUGUUUCUAGCGGCAAUAUUCAUCAUGCCCUUGGUGUUGCUGAAGAUUACGCGACGGCCAAGGUUGAAGCUGCCGCCAUCGCCACCGGCCUAUCCUAUCAUUGGUCACUUGCACUUGCUUGGCAAGCUGCCACAUCAAAGUAUGACAAACUUGGCGAAGAAGUACGGGGAGAUCUACUCCCUCCGCUUAGGCUCGGUGCCUGCCAUUGUGAUCUCCACCCCAGAGAUGGCCAAGGAAUUCUUGCUGACUAAUGACAAAAUCUGGUCGUCUCGCAGUGUCCACAUGACGUCAGGAUACUACUUCUCAUACGACUACGCAGGUAUCGCGUUUGCUCCAUCCACUCCCGUAUGGCGCAGCCUCCGAAAAAUAUGCAUGUCGGAGCUCUUCACACAAAGAAGAUUGGAAGCCUCGAAAGGCUUGCGCGAAGAGGAAAUGCAGUAUAUGAUUAGGAGCAUCCUGGAUGACGCACACCAAGGACGGCUCAUAGACCUCAAGCUGAAGAUCAAUGCUCUAACGGCCAACAUAGUAGCACGAAUGGUGCUCAAUAAGCGGUUCACGGGGUGCAUAGACUCGACAGUCGAGACGGAAGCUGAAGCGCACCAAUUCAAGGAAAUGAUGGAGGAGCACUUCCUCCUUCUAGGCGUAUUCAUGAUCGGAGACUACAUCCCAUGGCUAAGUCCCUUGGACCUCGGUGGCACGGAGAAGCGCAUGAAAUCACUCCGAAAGCGCCUGGACGCCUUCCUAGACGACAUCCUCGAAGUCCACGAAGUCAAGCGAGCAAAAGGACCAAUCCCGGAGGAAGACCAAGAUGUUAUUGACGUCCUCUUGAACGAAAUGUACCAGCAAGACUCCAACGAAUCAAAGCAAUUGGACACAAACAACGUCAAGAGUACCAUCCUAAACUUGUUCGCCGGUGGUACAGACACCUCAACAGUCACCAUUGAAUGGGCCAUGUCUGAGAUGCUCCGAAAUCCAACCAUCAUGGGCAAGCUCAAAGCAGAACUGGACGCCCGGAUUGGCAAAGACAGGCGAGUGCGCGAGACCGAUCUGUCCGACCUCCCAUACCUGCAAGCUGUCACCAAGGAGACCUUCCGUCUGCACCCAGUGGGACCUCUCCUCAUCCCCCAUGUAUCCACCCACGACUGCGAGGUGGGAGGAUAUCACAUCCCUACCGGCACUCGCUUGUAUGUAAACGUUUAUGCAAUUGGGCGCAACCCUAAAGUGUGGGAUCGCCCGCUGGAAUUCGAUCCAGAGAGGUUCAUGACGGGGCUGAACGCCGGCGUGGAUGUCAAGGGCAAGCACUUUCAUUUGUUGCCGUUCGGAACGGGGCGGCGCGGGUGCCCGGCCCUCCCACUCGGCCUUCUCAUAGUCCAGUGGACGCUAGCCACGCUUGUGCAUGCAUUAGACUUGAGCUUGCCCCAGAGCAUGGAACCGAAGGACGUGGACAUGACAGAGGCCUAUGGUUUAACAGUGCCCCGGGCGCAAAGUUUGUAUCUGAAUGCCAAGCUUCGUGCUGCAGAUCAUUUGUAUUGAGUCACCCACCCGGGCUUUGGAGUCCUCGCUGCUUCACUUCCUCAAGACAGAGACUGUGUUUCUGCUUUCAUUUGCUCCAGCUCCAGUUCCUCUUUUGGGGUUGUGUACAGAUUGGGUGCGUACAUUGGUGCUGUGCCUCGCUACAUGCAGAGAUUGCUCGGCUACAGCUGGUGUUGAUUGUGGUCCUUCAUCGUGACUGAAAAUGUCACUCUUCGUUUCACGUAUUUGACUUAAAUUUUUUCA